GCUAUUUUCUUUAAAAGCACUUCUUCACUCCUCAAACUUGCUAAUUGUAGCACACAUGGAGGUGAAACUUGGUACGCAUGUGUAUUACAUCGUUUUGUUGACGACCACAACAACCAAUAAUCUCAGGCACUUUUCUUUAAAAUUAGUUCUUCACUCCUCAAACUUGCUAACGGCAGCACACAUGGAGAUGAAAUGUGGUAUGCAUAUCAUUUCCAUGACGACAACACGCAUUUUUUCCUCCAUUAUUAAGUUUUAU